AUGGCAGAAGAGCCGAAGGCAAGUCCUAAGGAAGCCGUGCCCAAGGUACGGUCCCGGACGUCUACACCUCCUCCUCCUAAGAAGACCUCUGUAGGGUCACCUGCCACGGCCAAAUCAGUGGCCAAAGCUGCCGCUGCGCCAGCGGCCAGUGGCGUGUCCGCGCCCACAGCGAAGAGCGAUGGAGGUCCGGAUCUACGUGGGGAGUGGGGAAAUCUGGCGCUGCUCUGCUUGUUGUAUACACUGCAAGGCAUUCCCUUGGGACUGGGUCAGGUUCUCCCAUUGAUCUUGAAGGAUCGCGGAGCCACCUUCACAGAGCUGGGCGUCUUUUCCUUGCAAUCCUGGCCCUUCGUCCUGAAACUCUUCUGGGCCCCUCUGGUCGACUCGGUCUACGUUCGCAGCAUCGGCCGGAGAAAGACUUGGAUGGUCCCAUCGCAACUGAUCAUCGGAGUUCUGAUGCUGUACACAGCGUCGCAAUUGGAGAGCCUUCUUGGAGACGGAGACUCUACGAGGCCAGCCAUCAAGACGUUGACAGCCCUCUUCUUGAUGAUCAAUUUUCUUUGUGCGACUCAAGAUAUCGCCGUGGAUGGUUGGGCCUUGACCAUGCUUCGGAAGGAGAAUUCCAAUUAUCAAGCCACCUGCAAUGCGGCGGGCCAAACCUUUGGCUAUGCCCUGGGCUUCACCGGUUUCACGGCGCUGGAUCACUUCCAACUGCUGUCUUUGCCGGGCUUCAUGUCCUCCUGCGGUAUCUUCUUUAUCGCCGUCACGGUGAUCGUGGCGAUCUUCAAAAAGGAGAAGCCCUUGCCGCCGGAAGAUGAACCAGAGGGCAUCAGAGACGCCUACGUGCAGAUGCUGCGGAUGAUUUCUAUGAAGCCGAUACAGCUUCUCUUCGUGAUGCUCUUCACCUGGAAAGUGCCCUUCGCGGUCUGUGAGUCGGUGGCACCGGUGAAGUUCCAGGAGUAUGGCAUUCCUAAGGAGCACAUCGCCUACGUCACGUCUGUCCUGAUGCCCAUGUACAUCAUGAUUCCCAUCGUGGCAGCCCGCUGGACGGGGGGCAAGAUGCCCUUGAAGCUGGCCAUGGCCGUCUAUCCCUUGCGCUUGGCCACUGGACCAUUGACGGCGAUCUUGGCCUUCUACACUCCAGCGUCUGUGAGCCCCAUCCCCUGGAUCUUCUAUGCCUUUCUGGUGCUGGUCAUUGCAGCGGCCGCAACCACCUCUGAGUUGAUGUUCGUCUCUCAGAUGGCCUUCUUCGCCCACGUGAGCGAUCCAGCCUUUGGAGGUACCUACAUGACCCUGCUCAACACCAUGGGCAAUCUGGGUGGUCGAUGGCCUCCCACGGCGGCUUUUUUCUUAGUGGACGUCUUGAGCUGCCAAACGGAGAGCUGUUUGCUGCAGAUGGAUGGUUUCUACACCGUCACCAUCCUGUGCACCGUCCUUGGCGUUUUGUGGCUCUUGGGCACCAAGCAGAUGAUCCAAGGGCUACAGGAAAAGAGCCCAUCUGAGUGGAAGCUACACCAUGAGCAUUUGGAGUAG